AUACUUGAAACAUUAUGUGUACUCAAACACUAUCAAGUGAUCUCAUGGGAACUUAGCGUAUCCAAUACUUGUCAUCAUGUCAACCGAGUUCGAAAUAUGGGAAGUACCAAUCCAAGUAAAAGCAAGUACAACACUCCAAUGGCAAAAAUAUCCCGUCGUGAACCCGAAGAUCCAACGAACUAAACCCGUCGUUUUCUCUCACGGUUUUAUCGUUUCUCAGCCCACCCAAAAAUCCAUGUGACCUUCUCUCUCUUCCACCCUCUUCCGCUCGCUCAGUCCGAUCGAUCGUCUUCUCCAACCCACCUCUGGCACACCAGUCACACUUCUGCAUGUCUCUCUGACCCCAAAAUCCCUCAAAACCCUAAAAUGCCCCUCACCACCUCAAAUCAAGCUUUGCUUCAGUUUUUAGAUUAAUUGGAAUUGCUUGCUUUGCUCCUGCUCUUUCUUUUUCCUUCUUCUUUAUUGAUUUCAUUUUGGUGAAGGAGAUGAUGGGCUCUGAAAAACAGGGCAUUGAAGAAGCCCAGCUCUACGCGUCCAAGGAAGAAAUGGAAAAUCUCGUGCUCGACGACCCUUUGAACGGCAAUAAAUCGUACUCGAGUUAUCGCAGCACCAUGUCGUCGCUCUCCGAUACGCACCACCCUCUCUCCUCGUCGUCCCCGCUCGUCUCCGCCACCACCGCCGCUGCCCCAGCCGACGCCGAUCCCCUAAUAUCGCCCCUACCGUACCGCGAUCUCCGAAACCCUAACUCUGCCCCCGAUAACUCCACAUACCUCGACCCGCCUGCUUACGCCGACGUGAUAUUCAGUCCCUUCGAUGCCGACACCAUCGCCGAAAUCAACGGCAUCGAGAGCCCCAGCAAGAGCUCCGACAAUUCGAGCUCGUACUCUCUCUCGCGAUCUCCGUCUUCCACCUCCGAGUACAUUAAAAUCACGGUCUCGAAUCCUCAGAAAGAGCAGGAGACCACGAAUUCGAUCGUUCCGGGAGGUAACACCUAUGUCACGUACCUGAUCACGACUCGGACGAACAUUCCGGAUUUCGGCGGAUCGGAAUUCGGAGUCCGACGACGGUUCCGAGACGUGGUGACGUUAUCGGACCGGUUGGCCGAGUCGUACAGAGGGUUCUUUAUACCGCCGAGGCCGGACAAGAGCGUGGUGGAGAGUCAGGUGAUGCAGAAACAGGAGUUUGUGGAGCAGAGAAGAGUGGCAUUGGAAAAGUACUUGAGGCGAUUGGCUUCACACCCAGUGAUCAAGAGAAGCGACGAAUUGAAGGUCUUUUUGCAGGUUCAGGGGAGGCUUCCGCUGCCGUUGACCACUGAUGUGGCGUCGAGGAUGCUUGAUGGGGCAGUGAAGCUUCCAAAGCAGCUGUUCGGGGAGAGCGGGGCGGUACUGGCGCCACAAGAGGUGGUUCAGCCGGCGAAGGGCGGGAGGGAUUUGUUGAGGUUGUUCAAGGAGUUGAAGCAGUCUAUGUCUAAUGACUGGGGAGCUUCGAAGCCGCCGGUGGGGGAGGAGGACAAGGAGUUUUUGGAGAAGAAACAGAAGAUGCAGGAGCUGGAGGAACAGCUCAGCAAUGCGUCUCAGCAGGCUGAAUCACUUGUGAAAGCCCAACAAGACAUGGGAGAGACAAUGGGAGAGUUAGGACUGGCGUUUAUAAAACUGACCAAGUUUGAGAAUGAGGAGGCAUUGUUCAACUCUCAAAGAGUGCGAGCAGCUGACAUGAAGAAUGUGGCAACUGCUGCAGUCAAAGCUAGCAGAUUCUAUCGAGAGUUAAAUGCUCAGACUGUCAAACAUUUGGACACGUUCCAUGAAUAUCUUGGGCUUAUGUUAGCUGUCAACAGUGCGUUCUCAGAUCGGUCAAGUGCUUUAUUAACAGUGCAGACUCUACUAUCAGAACUGGAUAUGCUGCAAUCAAGAGCUGAAAAACUUGAAGUUCAAUCAAAUAAAAUAUUUGGUGGCGACAAAUCAAGGAUUCGCAAGCUAGAGGAGUUAAAUGAAACCAUAAGAGUCACUGAGGAUGCUAAAAAUGUGGCAAUCAGAGAAUAUGAGCGGAUCAAGGAAAAUAACAAGAGUGAACUUGAAAGGCUUGACAACGAGAGGCAUGCUGACUUCUUGAACAUGUUGAAGGGAUUUGUGCUUAAUCAGGUGGGAUAUGCUGAAAAAAUUUCAAAUGUGUGGUCAAAGGUUGCUGAAGAGACCAGUUCGUAUUCUAGAGAGAGCACUUGAACCGUGUGUUGCUGUAAAUGAAAUUUUCGCCUUUUAUUUAUUUUUCCUUCAACCCAAUUGAUACCCACUUCAAAGGAAAUUGCCUUACAUGCAUAAGAAUAAACUAAAAGAGAAAAAUGGAGCACUUGGUAGUUUAUAAAUUUAACUUUCCCAAAGUUGUAUCUGUUAGAUAUAGAUGAUCACACGAUUUUAGAUUUGAAAGUGUAAAUUGCUUGCUACUUGUUUGAUAUCUGGAGCAUUUUAAUCCAUGAGUUUCUGCAUCUGAGUUGUUGGUGUUGGGUGGGAGAGAUGGUCGGAUGGCUUUGCUUGCUGGGUGCUCUGCUCUGAACUGUUUGGCUUCAAUUGUUUGCUGAUUUUUGGUUGCUUAUUUGCCCAAAAGCCCUAAUGCAUUCAAAUGGGAGAUGUGCUUUACAUCCUUCUGUUCACUGAUAAAGUUCUUCGUCAUGUAAUUAAGCUUGGUUAUUCAAAUACUUGUUUAAAAGUGAACAUGAUGACGCGCUUUAUUUGUUUGACAUGCUUAUAUCUGUGGUUUCUUUGGAAGAAAAUUUAUUUACACUCAUUCAUGGGAAA